GGCCUGCCGGUGACAGCAAUACAGAGCUCGACUCCGCGCCGGGCUCGGCGCGCAGGCGCGAGCUGCCCUCCUCUCUCGGAGUCGGCUUGGGAAGUGCGCACGCGCGAGAGUUUCUGGCAGAAAGCAGGCGAGCGGCGGCCAGCGCGGAGCCUUGUGGGAGGGCUUGAGGAAGUAAAAUGGCGGACCUGGCGAACGAAGGUAGGGGAGGCGCCGUCGAGGUCCAGCUGGCGGCCAGCGAACGGGCGGGGGAAGGUCCAAAGGCCACAAGCCCGAGGGAAAAACCUGCCAUUGCUCCGCCUGUCUUUGUGUUUCAGAAGGAUAAAGGACAAAAGUCCUCUGCAGAGCAAAAAGACUUGUCGGAUUCGGGAGUGGAGCCUCAGGGGGAGGCUGAGGCUCCCCACCAUGGCCCAGGUCACCCUGAGUCAACUGGUGAGCAUGCUCUAGAGUCUCCUGCCCCCGCUAGCGCUUCAGCCAGCGCUCCUGAAGCCCAGCUUCCUCCUUUUCCACGAGAACUGGCAGGGUUACAGGCACCAAACCAUAGGCGCAAGAAGAAGCCGUGUUCGGCCAAGAGGUCAGCUGGAGGCUCCAGCCCUGAAGGUGGUGAAGAUUCUGACAGAGAAGAUGGAAAUUACUGCCCUCCUGUCAAGCGAGAAAGGACGUCCUCUUUAACCCAAUUCCCACCUUCACAGUCAGUAUCAAAAAACAAUGUUUUUAUGCCAUCAACCUUCUGCGAGCCAUCUGCAGGCAAUUCUGACUCAGAACCAGAGGAAAAGAGCAGUGGGUUCCGGUUGAAGCCACCAACACUGAUCCAUGGCCAGGCACCCAGUGCAGUUCCAAGCAGCGGCACCAAUGGGCUCAGCAUCCCAGCAGACUGCACAGGAACAGCGACAUCGACAUCAACAUCGCCUGACAACCCCACACAGAGAAGUCCACCUGAUGAGGCGCCAGCACCUGAGGAGAAAGAGCCCCAGAAAAAUGAGUCUAGCAGUACUUCUGAGGAGGACAGCUGUGAGAAAAAAGAGCAAGUUGCACAGCAAGCGUUUGUAUUUGGGCAGAACUUGAGGGACAGAGUUAAGUUAAUAAAUGAAAACACUGAAGCAGCUGACAUGGAAAAUGCCGGACACCCCAGUUCAGAAACGCCAACCGCGACCAACUAUUUCCUUCAAUAUAUCAGCUCCAGUUUAGAGAACUCGACCAAUAGUGCCGAUGCCACCAGCAACAAAUUUGUAUUUGGCCAGAACAUGAGCGAGCGCGUAUUGAGCCCACCCAAAUUAAAUGAGGUCACUUCAGAUGCCAACAGGGAGAACUCAGCUGUCGAGUCUGGGUCCGAGUCUUCAUCCCAAGAGGCCACCCCUGAGAAAGAGUCCCUGGCCGAAUCGGCAGCCGCCUACACCAAGGCAACAGCGCGGAAGUGUUUGUUGGAAAAAGUGGAAGUUAUCACCGGGGAGGAGGCAGAGAGCAACGUGUUACAGAUCCAGUGUAAGCUGUUUGUCUUUGACAAGACCUCGCAGUCUUGGGUGGAGAGAGGCCGGGGACUGCUGAGACUCAACGACAUGGCAUCGGCUGACGAUGGGACAUUACAGUCCCGACUAGUGAUGCGGACCCAGGGUAGCCUGCGGCUGAUCCUCAACACCAAGCUGUGGGCUCAGAUGCAGAUUGACAAGGCCAGUGAGAAGAGCAUUCGCAUCACAGCCAUGGAUACCGAGGACCAGGGCGUGAAGGUCUUCCUGAUCUCGGCCAGCUCCAAGGACACGGGCCAGCUAUAUGCCGCCCUGCACCACCGCAUCCUGGCCCUGCGCAGCCGCGUGGAGCAGGAACAGGAGACCAGAACACCUGCCCCCGAGCCUGGUGUGGCCCCAUCCAAUGAAGAUGACAGUGACGAUGACGACGUCCUAGCUCCGUCAGGGGCCACAGGAGGCGGCGCUGACAACGAAGGGGACGGGCAGACAGCUGGGAGCACAUAGCGCCGGGAGCUGGCCACCCAGGAGCCUGCUGCUUUGUCCGUCUGUCCACCCACCCGCCUGCCCCUCUCCGGCUGCGUCGAGGUGCGGGCCCCGGGAACCACACUCCCCGCUGGGUUGGCCACAGUCCGGAUCCGCAAGGCCCGUUCAGAAGCAGACUUGGGAACUGCCUGAAUGUGGUUUGGGACACGAGACCUCAUCAUAUUGAUGAGCAAAACAAAAAGAACAUUUCUUCCCUCCCUCCUUUGAAUUGAAAUGGCACAUUAAGACUUGUCACGGCUUCUCACUGGGACUGGGAUGCCUGGUUUCUUCACCCCUCUCAUGCCGCCGCCAUACCUGUGGGUUUCUGCCACCUGCCCAGGCUACCAGGUCUGUGCCCACAAGUGUAAACACUGGCCCUGCUGGAUAUUCUGCUAACUACUAUCUUUAUCUCCCCUUCCCCACCUUCUGAUUUGGGGUAUAUGUUUUUAGGUUUCUUUUCCCCCAAGGCGCUUUUUUUUUUUUUUUUUUUUUUUUUUUGGUUUCUUAGAUUAAGAUGCUCCUGCGUAUUGAGCAGGCACAGCUCCAAUGUCCUCGUUCUCCCUAUGGUCAUGGCUUGUGUGCUGGGGCCUUACUGGGGAGCUUGGGGUGCUCUGAAGGCUCCCACUUGUUCCCCACCUGGGGCUCCUCCAAGCUAUGAAGGGGUGUUGAGGGGUAGGCAUCAUACCUAGAGAGAGCUUAUCUAGAAAAGGGUCACUGGAUCUAGGAGGGUAUGAGGGGGCUGCUUUCUUAGAUCCCCUCUCACCCAUUCCCGUUGCCCAGAGAGUGAUGUCUUGGUGUGGAGACCUGGCCCUAUUGGAUGGGGUGCCUUCCAGAGUGGGGACCUGACAGGCCACUGCUUCCCACAGGAGCUGACAAAGAAGGGGAUGUGCAUAGCGCCCCUCCCCUCUUGCUUGUCCCCGUCACGUGGGUCACCCACCAUCAGACACCCAGGCACACACCUGCUUUCUACUGUUGGCCAUUCCUUGCCCAGCCCUGGAUGUCACCAUCCCCAAGACCAUCCGGGGCCAGGGGCCUCCAUAACAGGCAGAUGGGGUCCCUAAGCAGGGCCUCUGAGGAGUGGCAGGGGACUGGUUCCAGACUACAGACUGCUGUCCCAACACUCGCAGCACACACGGGAGCUGGUGCUUGUGCCCACCCCAGGGAAGGCCAAGACCCCAGGUGGGCACCGUCCCCCUUGCAAAGAAGGUCCCUGUUCACAGGGCCCCGGGGGAUUUUAGAAGAAAUGAUCCAGCCCACUCAUAGGGAGAAGGCCUGGUCUCCAUAGCUGUGCCACCCACACCUUGGGUUGACUGUUUGCAGCCUGAGCCAUGGGAAGACACCAAAGCCCUUCCCUCACCACCCCUCCUCCCACCCCCAGCAGAUCUGGCUACAUUUCUCUGCUUUAAGCCUUAGUCAACUAGUGACAAGUAAAACCAGAUAAUGCCCAUGUGUUUUGGAACAUUUAUGUAAGAUUGUCAUAUGAAAUGUAUUUGGGAACUACAUUAAAACUUUUAACUAAA